AAGAAAAUCAUCGCUGAAAUGAAUUUUUUGUCCAAUUGGGAGGGUGUUAAAUCAGUGCCAAAAAAUUAUGUGUUUCCACCAGAGAAGAGGCCUUGUGUAGCAGUGAAGAAGACAAUUCCAGUGAUCGAUUUUGCCACAAACGAUCGAGCCCUUCUCUUCCAAAGAAUCCUUGAUGUUACUCAAGAGUUUGGAUUUUUUCAGGUGAUAAAUCAUGGAGUGUCGAAAAAAUUAAUAGAAGAGACAGUGAAGACUUUAAAGGAGUUUAAUUCUAUGUCGCCCGAAGAUAAAAAGAGGGAAUGUUCCAAGGACCCCGAUUACUGCAAAGUUUACCCAGGCUCUCAAAAUUCUGCAAAUGAACAAACUCACUUCUGGAGAGAUUCUAUGAGUUUUAAUUGCCAUCCUCUAGAGAAAUAUAUUCAUUUUUGGCCAGACAAGCCCCCUGAAUUCAGGGAGGUGGUGGGAGAAUAUUGUGUUGCAAUGAGAAAGUUUGUUUUGGAGUUAUUGGAUGUGAUAAGUGAAGGGCUGAAGCUUGGAAGAGGAUACUUAGGGGAUGAAAUGAGUUCAAAUCCAACAAUGCUUGUACAUUAUUAUCCACCAUGCCCAGACCCUAGCUUGACUUUGGGAUUGAGGCAACAUUGUGAUGGAAGCCUCAUCACCAUCUUAUUUCAAGAUGUCAAUGGCCUUCAAAUCCUCAAGGAUGGUGAAUGGAUUGCUGCUGAUCCAAUUGAUGAUGCCCUUUUGAUUAACUUUGGUUAUGUUCUUGAGGUGAUUAGCAAUGGAAAGCUGAAGGCAGCAGAACAUCGAGCAAUGACAAAUAUGAACGUAUCUCGACAGAGCUUAAUCUACUUCGUCUGCCCUGAAAAUGAUGUGACUAUAGAACCAGCAAAAUGUCUGAUAAAUGAAACUAACCCUCUACGUUAUCGCACCAUCAAGUUUGAAGACUUCAGGGGAAAAUAUUAUUCUGUGCUAGCUAAUAAGGAGGAAAUUAUGAAAUAUAUGAGCUUAAACAAAACUUAAUGAGUAUCCAAAAUAGAACUAUGAUGUUGUUGGGUUGAUUACUUUUAUAUUGUAAUGUAAAAGAACUACUAUGUUACUAUUGAGGGUGAAAUAAAGGUUAUGUAAUACACGAUAAAACUUGUUACACACGAUGUUACAACACUUCCAGAAACAUCAUAGAUAAAUGCAAAAAACUAAAACCAGGAUAGAACACAGAGUUUGGUAACGCAGUUCGGUGUAAUACCACCUACAUCUAAAGGUAGUGUGCCCAUAGAAUGAUAUACACUAAUAUAAAGACAAGCUAUUGUAAUUACAACGAUGUAUUACUUAUCUGUAAAUAAAUGGUAAUUAUA